GCGCGCCUCCCGCCCCCGGCCAGGCCUCGGACCCCGGCCAGCGCCUCAGGAACCAUGGCCCAGGUAGCGAUGUCCUCACUGCCCGUUGAAGAUGAGGAGUUGUCAGAAAGUCGGAUGGUGGUGACGUUUCUUGUGUCUGCACUGGAAUCUAUGUGUAAGGAGCUGGCCAAGUCCAAGGCGGAAGUGGCCUGCAUGGCCAUAUAUGAGACCGAUGUGUUCGUAGUUGGGACAGAGAGGGGACGCGCCUUCGUCAAUGCCAGGAAGGACUUGCAGAAGGACUUCUCAGCCUACUGCUGUGAGGAACGGUGGAGCAAAGAGAAGCCUCCAAGCCCUGCAAUCAAGCCACAGGUGCACUGUGGGGAGGCCGAGGUGCUCAGGAGAGCGGUGGACGCCUACUUCUGCUCAUGUUAUGGAAAAGCCCUGGGGACUGUGGCCCCGGUAUCCGUGCCCUACGAGCAGAUGCUAUGUGGCCAGGCAGCUGUGGGGGUGUACGGGCUGCCAGAAGGACUGGCCUUCCAGCGUCCCGAGAACUACGACCUUGCCACCCUGAAGUGGAUUUUGGCGAACAAGGAAAGAAUCUCUUUCGUCGUCAGCAGACCUGUCCAUGGAGCCAAGGGGCUGCUGGAUGGCUGUGGGAUGCCCAUGGAGGCUGAGCGAUCGACCCUGCCACCAAAUGAGAGCUGUGGUCCCAUUGAUGUGAAAACUGAACCCGAGGAGGAUUCUGGUGUGUCACACACAAGUGUGUCGCCGAGAAAUGAGGCCGUGUCUGUCAAGAGAGAGUCAGAGGAUCCUGAGGAUGAUGAGGGUGGUGUGCAAGGAAGCCACGAGUCCACGAGCAACGAAGCCAUGGAAAUGGAUGUGACCAUGAGAGAGUCUGCACCACUGAGCUCCUCUGCGGCCAGCGAGGCCCCCCACGCCCACGUGAAAAUGGAAGGACACACAAAUUCGUCCAGUAUCACAGCUUCUGCAGCAAGUAUGGAAGACCUUAAGAUCGUGCAGGUGACAGUUCCGGACAGUGAGAAGAAAAAGUUAACAAGCAUGGAGAAGAUCAAGCAACUGCGAGAACAGGUUAACCACCUCUUCAGUCGGAAAUUUGGUGAGGCAAUAGGCGUGGAUUUCCCCGUGAAGGUUCCUUACAGGAAGAUCACCUUCAACCCCGGCUGUGUGGUGAUUGAUGGCAUGCCCCCGGGUGUGGUAUUCAAAGCCCCUGGGUACCUGGAGAUUAGCUCCAUGAGGCGGAUCCUGGAAGCUGCAGAGUUCAUCAAGUUCACGGUCAUCAGGCCGCUGCCUGGACUGGAGCUGAGCAAUGUGGGCAAACGCAAGAUCGACCAGGAGGGCCGUGUGUUCCAGGAGAAGUGGGAGCGCGCCUACUUCUUCGUGGAGGUGCAGAACACGCCCAUGUGCCUGAUAUGUAAGCAGAGUGUGUCUGUGGCCAAGGAGUACAACCUGCGGCGCCACUACCGCACCAGCCACAGCCAGCACUACGACCGCUACACCGAGCACGCACGGGAUCUCAAGCUGCUUGAGCUCAAGACGGGGCUCACCAAGUACCUCCUGGGCCCCCCCGCCAUCGCACUCCCCAAUGCUGGCCCACCAGAACCCACCUCGGCCGAGCCCCCGAGGGAGGACUCAGCCGGGGGUCUGUGGGCCAGGCUGCGUGAGAAGAUCCGGUCGUUCAUGGCCUACUCCCUCGCCAUCGAUGAGAUCACAGACAUCAACAACACGGCACAGCUGGCCAUCUUCAUCCGUGGUGUGGACGCCGACUUCGAGGUGUCCGAGGAACUUCUGGAUACAGUGCCCAUGACGGGCGCCACAUCUGCCAGCGAGACCUUCACCCGCGUGGAGAAGAGUCUGAGGAAGUUCAACAUCGACUGGGCCAAAUUGGUCAGCGUGGCAUCCACUGGCUCCCCAGCCAUGGUAGACUCCAGCCACGGUCUGGUCCCCAGGCUGUGCGCCAGGGCAGCUGCAGCCAGCAAGGGCUCAGAGCUGAAAUCCCUGGGCUGCAUCAUCCGCCCUGAGACCCUGUGCGCCCAGAGCCUGGACAUGGAGCAUGUGAUGGAGGUGGUGGUGGACUCGGUGAACUGGAUCAGCUCCCGGGGCCUGAACCGCGGCGAGUUCACAGCCCUGCUGUACGAGCUGGACAGCCAGUACGGCAGCCUGUGGUACCACACCGGCAUCAAAUGGCUCAGCCGAGGCCUGGUGCUCCAACGCUUCUUCGAGUCGCUGGAGGACAUCGACUCCUUCCUGUCUUCCCGGGGGAGGCCGCUGCCCCAGCUAAGCUGCAAGGCCUGGGUGCUGGACUUGGCCUUCCUGGUAGACGUGACCACUCACCUCAACUCGCUGGCCCUGGCGCUGCAGGUCCAUCCCCAGCUCGUCACCCGCAUGUUCGAUCUGUUUCGAGCCUUCCUGGCCAAGCUGGGCCUCUGGGAGACGCACCUGGCCCGAAACAACCUGGCCCACUUCCCCACGCUCAGGGCCGUGUCCCGCAGCGCCAGCGACGUCCUCGGCUACAUCCCCAGGAUUGCGGGGCUCAAGGCAGAGUUCCAGGCACGCCUGGCCGCCUUCCACGCGCAGGAGUCCGAGCUGCGGCUGUUCAGCUCACCCUUCUCGGCUGCGGCAGACCACGUGCCCGAGGAACUGCAGAUGGAGGUGAUCGACCUGCAGUGCAACUCUGCGCUGCGGGCCCAGUACGAGCGACUGGGCGUGCCCCAGUUCUGCAAGCACCUGCGGAGCAGCUACCCCCGCUUCCGCGCCCACUGCGCCCGCGUCCUCUCCAUGUUCGGCAGCACCUUCGUCUGUGAGCAGCUCUUCUCCAUCCUGAAGCUGAGCAGGACCGAGGACCGCGCCGGCCCAGGGCCCGGACUCGCCUCCUGAGGAUGGCCAGAACCCCACCCGCAUCGGAAAUGAGCGCCCGCCCCGCCCGUCCCCCUUCAGAAGCCACUGUAGCUGAGAAAGUUCUGUGUGUUUCUAAGCUUU